AUGGAGAGCUACAGAAACGUCUCAGAAUUCAUCCUUCUUGGACUCUCUUAUGGCCACAACGUACAAAUAUUUUGUUUUGUGGUCUUCUUACUCUGUUAUGUUGCUCUGCUGGGGGGAAACCUUCUAAUCAUUGUCUCCAUUUACUGCAGCCCUCUAUAUAAUCAACCAAUGUACUAUUUCCUCAUCUACUUAUCCUCCAUAGACAUCUGCUACACCUCUACUGUGACACCCAAAUUACUCGCUGACCUGCUUGUGGAAAGAAAGACCAUUUCCUUUGGCAACUGCAUGUUACAGGUCUUUACCAUACACUUCUUUGGAGGCACCGAGAUCUUCAUUCUUACUGCCAUGGCUUAUGAUCGUUACGUUGCCAUCUGUAAACCCCUCCAAUAUAUGCUCAUCAUGAACAGGACAAAGUGCAAUCUCCUCAUUUUAGCUGCUUGGGUGGGUGGGGCUAUCCAUGCCUUUCCUCUUUUCGGUGUGGUAAUUGGUUCCCCCUUCUGUGGUCCUAAUGAAAUUGAUCACUAUUUCUGUGAUCUGUAUCCUUUGCUUGAAGUCGCCUGCACUGAUACCUACCUGACUGGUGCUCUUGUAAUUGCCUUUUCGGAUACACAAGCCUUAUUUCCCUUGGUUGUCUUAUUUCAUUCUUAUGGGUCUAUAUUAUAUGCUCUAAGAAAUCAGUCAGCUGAGGGGAGACGUAAGGCCCUCUUGACUUGUGGGUCUCACAUCACUGUGGUCAUCUUAUUUUUUGGACCUGCGAUCUUUAUCUAUUUUAGACCUCCUACUACUUUCCCCGAAGACAAAAUAGUUGCUCUCUUUUACACCAUCGUUGUUCCUAUGUUAAAUCCCUUAAUCUAUACUCUGAGAAAUGCAGAGAUGAAAAACACUUUGAGAAAAGUGUGGUGUCGGAAGUUACUUUCAGAAGGAGCACAGACUUAG